CUGUCACUCCUGUAAGAACAUUGCACUUUGAUCCUUGAGCAUUUAGGCGGAAGUCAUGAAAAAUGUUCUGACUUCCCUGAUCGUCUUAAGAUGUUUUCUGCCAUGAGACGAGUCGGAGGAAUAGAAUUUUGAAAAGAACGGAGCGAUGACUCCAGAGCGGAGCUGAUAGUCAAAGGUGAGGACUGGAUGGAGAAAGUCUGCCAAGUUUUACAAGAUCCUUUUUACGCUGGUUGGAGUCAAUUCCCAGUUAGCCCUGCCAUCCUGAAAUCUGAGCCACAGUAGAUCCAUAAUGCUUAGAAACGGCCCACAACGACCUUUCUCCUACUCCCCAAGGGGUUUCUCUCCGGAUGACUUCCCUCAGAGGCGAGCUUUUCAACAAGAUGAGCCCAAAGAAUCGCUGCUGCAUAGAAACAGCAUGUCGAGACCCAGUGGAAGAUUCAUAUACAUGCAGAGAAAGGAAUAUACCGAGUCGCUUAACAGAAAUCCAGAGAGCUUUCAAGUCAGAGCGGAGCAUCUGUUCACCUGUGAGCUGGAUGGUCACGAUGUGAAGACAGAAGACGACUGUGUGGCUAAGCUCAAGCGGCUGGAUGGCAAAGGUCGACUGUGGCCUCAAGAGAUGAUCUUAGAGAUAAAGGGAGCCUAUCUUCUGCUCUGUGACAUUGAGACCAAGGCAGAGUUGGAUUCAAUGCCUCUGAUGAGCAUCAUGGAAACCCGUGCAGUGCUGGACAGCUGCGCCUACGACUCUCUGCUGACAGUAACUGUGCAGGACCCCAGCAAGCGUGUCCCCCAGGUCUUCAUGUUCCAGUGUGAGGAGACUGGGGCAGAGAACAUUAAAGCUGAUCUGGACAAGGCACUGCAGAGAGGCGGCAAUGACAUGAACCCACGCAGAGUGACACCUGACAUCAGUCGGCAGAACUCAGGAAGCUUCCGGCAGAAUGGGCUCCGUCCUAUGCAGCAGGAGAGGAACCUGCCCCCCCCGGACUAUGUGGCCCCACAGUGGAACAACCAACAGCCAGAUUUUAUGCCUGACCCACGUCCCUAUUCUCCCGAAGAAGAAAUGUCAAAUUAUUCAGAUCUUCAUGAUUCAGAAAUGCCCUUUCAGGGCGCAGAGAUAGACAGGAGCACGGAAAUUUUUAACCACGUUUUAAAUGAUGUGGAGAUCUUCGUGGACAGAGUAGUACAAGCUGCAAAUACAUCUCCGGCGAAUGAAGGCAAGAACAAGAAGAAGGCCUCUAAGAAGAAAAAACAAAAAGCACCAUCAAUGACCAAUCUGCCACACUGGGAUGAUUAUAGCUCAUAUCUUCAAAAAGUUAAAUAUGGAUUCAAUCUGCUGGGCCAGCUGAAUGGAUUUCUGACCAACCCCAGCGCUGAUGAGUAUGUGCAUUUCCUCUUCACCUGUCUGGGCAAUACAGUUCCUCUAUAUCCCCUUGAUCUGCCUCAGACAAUCAUCUCUCCCCUGCUGACUCUGGAGGCAGUGAAGCUGCUCAAUGACACGGUGGUCCCAGAUGAGAAACGCUUAUGGGGGACUCUGGGAGAUUGCUGGGCCAUCCCCAGGUCUGCCUGGCCGGAUGAUGAUGUCAGACCUUACAUCCCUGUGUUUUAUGACGGCUGGCAGCCUCCUGCACCCGUUCACCAACCUCCUGAACUUCCUCGGAACCGUCCGUUGAACAGAAGCCAGCGAUUUCCACCUGGCGGACCUGGAGGAGAAAUGAGCCACGGCCAGAAUCACUCACCCAGGGCUGUGCUUCGGCAGGCUGACGAGCCCGUGUCUAAUGGUCGAAUGAGCUCACCCCAUCAACACCCGAGCGAGCCACCGCUCUACAUGCGUGUCAUGUACAGCUUUUCGGCAAGGAACAACCAGGAGCUGACCGUCAUGCAGGGAGAGGUGGUUCGGGUGGUUCAGAAAUUAAAGCCAUGGUGGCUUGUUCAAAACUCCCAUAACGAGGAAGGCAGCGUUCCUCCAAACAUUUUGGAGCCAGUUGAGAGAGACGGCUCCAUGGCAGAGCAGCGGUGGGACUCACGUGGCCCCAUUACUCUCGACUUCAACUCCAGUCCUGCAGAAGUGAAGGCAUGGCUUGAGUACAAAGGUUUCUUGAGACUCACAAUCUCCUCCCUUGGUGUCUUGACUGGAAGACAGCUUCUGGAAAUGUCCAAAGAGAAUCUCAGGACUGUGUGCCCAGAGGAAGCUGGAAAAGUUUUCUUCCAGCUUCAAUCUGUUAAGUCAUCACUUGCACUCUCCAGUGAGCCGUCACAAAUGUACAACGGCCGCUACUGACAGCAGCUGUGAUACUAAAACAUCUCGAUUCAAUGGUAGUUCUAGUCCCAGCAUCAUCUAAUUCAGUAUGUUUAUUUUCCAGAAAGAUUGGUCUGAUUUUUUGUAUAGCAUAUAAAAUAGUAAUCAGUCAUUUGAAGUAGUAAUUCUACAUGUUAAUUACUAACCUUUGUAUUAAGCCAAUCCGCACUAUUGCCUCUAAUUAUAUCUUGAGUCAACCACACAUAUAUAAAUAUAUAAAGUGUAAUACUUUCUGCUGCAAUAAGUUAUUGUGUUUUUCUUGAUGAAUGAUUAUCACAUGUGAUUUAUUGUAGAAAGUUUGAUGUUAAAAAUAAAAACAAAUUGAAAUGAAA